CCCUCUCUCUCUCUAAUGGCCCUCGUCCGCGACCGCCGGCAGCUCAACCUCCGCCUCCCGCUGACGGAGCUCUCCAACCGCCGCCCCCGCUUCCCCCCUCCCCUCCCCCUCCCCCUCCCCCUCCCCGUCCCCCCCACCUCCGCCGCCGCCGCCGCCGCCGCCGCCGCCCCCUCCUCCUCCGCCGCGGCGGCCGUAUCCGGGGCCGCCGGGACCUCCCUCUCCGACCUCGAGAGACUCGGCGUGCUCGGCCACGGGAACGGCGGAACCGUGUACAAGGUCCGCCACCGGCGCACCUCCGCCGUCUACGCCCUCAAGGUCGUCCAGGCCGACUGCGACGCCACCGUCCGCCGCCAGCUCCUGCGCGAGAUGGAGAUCCUCCGCCGCACGGACUCACCGCACGUCGUCCGGUGCCACGGGAUCUUCGAGAAGCCGAACGGGGACAUAGCGAUCCUGAUGGAGAACAUGGACGCCGGCAGCCUCCAGACGCUCCUCGAGGCCUCCGGGACCUUCUCGGAGAAGCAGCUCGCCGCCGUCGCCCGCCACGUGCUGAACGGGUUCCACUACCUCCACUCCCACAAGAUCAUCCACCGCGACAUCAAGCCGUCGAAUCUGCUCGUGAACUCGGCGAUGGAGGUGAAGAUCGCCGACUUCGGCGUGAGCAAGAUCAUGUGCCGGACCCUCGACGCGUGCAACUCCUACGUCGGCACGUGCGCGUACAUGAGCCCCGAGCGGUUCGACCCGGACAGCUACGGCGGCAACUACGACGGCUACGCCGGCGACAUCUGGAGCCUGGGGCUGACGCUGCUGGAGCUCUACCUGGGCCACUUCCCGCUGCUGGGCCCCGGCCAGCGGCCCGACUGGGCGACCCUGAUGUGCGCGAUCUGCUUCGGGGAGCCGCCGAGGUCGCCGGACGGGGCGUCGGAGGAGUUCCGGGGCUUCGUCGAGUGCUGCCUGCAGAAGGAGUCGAGCAAGCGGUGGACGGUGGCGCAGCUGCUGAACCAUCCUUUCGUCGCCGGCAAAGAUCCGGGACCCUCGUAGCCGGAGCACGCGGGUCGGGUCGGGGCAAAGCAUUUUUUUUUUUUUCCGCUAGAAGACCCGGGAGUUUGAGGGAGGCGCGCGCACGAACGGGGCUCGGCCGGGACAAAUCGGGUCCGGGUCGGGUCGAGAUUCGCAGCGCAAUCGUCGCAGCCCGAGUUAAUGAGUGUUUUUUUUGUACAUAUGGGGCGGACUUUCGGGUCACAAAUUUCGGGCACUCUCCUGUCCUUUUCUUUCUUCGUUUUAAUGUUAUGUUUUUAGGAUGCUUCGGACAGUGAAAGUUGCUGUUCGAUAACUAAUGAAGGAAGCUUCUUGACCAGAUCAAUUCAAGCUCGUUCUCUCUC